UUCUCCCAAUAGUUCUCCCAAUAAUUCUCCCAAUAAUUCUCCCAAUAAUUCUCCCAAUAAUUCUCCCAAUAAUUCUCCCAAUAGUUCUCCCAAUAGUCCUUCUAACAAUUUUCCUAAUAAUUUUGCUUCUAACA